CUAGACCCAGUCACCAGUUAUAACAGCCUGAUCCUAGACCCAGUCACCAGUUAUAACAGCCUGAUCCUAGACCCAGUCACCAGUUAUAACAGCCUGAUCCUAGACCCAGUCACCAGUUAUAACAGCCUGAUCCUAGACCCAGUCACCAGUUAUAACAGCCUGAUCCUAGACCCAGUCACCAGUUAUAACAGCCUGAUCCUAGACCCAGUCACCAGUUAUAACAGCCUGAUCCUAGACCCAGUCAGCAGUGAGGAUGCAGGGAACUACUCCUGUGCUGUAGAAGGCUUAGAGAGAAUCCUCUCUCCAGAAGAGACUCUCACUGUCAGAUAUGACCCAAAGAACACCUCAGUGUCAGUCAGUCCCUCUGGUGAAAUAGUGGAGGGCAGUUCAGUGACUCUGACCUGCAGCAGUGAUGCCAACCCACCUGUGCAGAGUUACACCUGGUACAAGAAGAAUGGCUAUCAGUCUGUCUCCUACGGGAACACAGGACCUCAUCUUGUCUUCAAUCUUAUCAAGUCCUCUGACACUGGAGAGAACUACUGUGAGGCCUGGAAUGGGAUUAAGAUGGGGAGGUCUGAGUCUAUCAACAUGGAUGUGAAAUACGCUCCACAGAACAUCUCAGUGUCAGUCAGUCCCUCUGGUGAAAUAGUGGAGGGCAAUUCAGUGACUCUGACCUGCAGCAGUGAUGCCAACCCACCUGUGGACAAAUACACCUGGUACAAGAAGAACGUAAACUCACCAAAAGCAUCAGGACAGAGUUACAGCAUCACUAACAUCAUCUCUGAGGACAGAGGAGAAUAUUACUGUGAGGCCCAGAAUGGAAGAGGAUCUAUGAACUCUACAGCUCUGAUGAUCAUUGUAGCAGGGAAACAAAUAUCAGUUCUGACUGCAGCUGUAGGAAUCAUUGUUGUUGUUCUGGUUCUCAUCCUCUGUCUCUCUGGACUCAUGUGGUUCAGGAAGAAGAACUCCACAUCCACCUCCAACACAAGAGACACAGCAGAUGAUGGACAGGGAGACUCUAGUCCAGUGUAUGACAACAUCUCAAACAUGGCCAUGACCCCUACUGCAGCACAGACAGAGUCCACAUACGACCAGGAUGAUGUUCACUACGCCAGCGUCCACUUCUCUCACUCCAAAAACCAGGAAGUGCCUCUGUACUCCACCGUCCAGCUGCAUCAACCACAGAAACAGGACCAAGAUGUCCACUACGCUGCUGUGAAAUUCAACCUCCCAGUUCUGCCACCCAACCAGCAGCAGCACAAGCAGCUGAGGUGGAUGCCUCUGGGAUCUACAGUACAGUCAACAAACCCAGAACCAAGAAGACUUGAACAUAACAAACCAAGAACCAAGAAGACCUGAACACAACAAACCCAGAACCAAGAAGACAUGAACACAAAGGCCCAGAACCACAAACCCAGAACCAGGAAGAACUGAACACAACAAAACCAGAACCAAGAAGACCUGAACACAACAAACCCAUAAACAAGAAGACAUGAACAGAACAAGUUUGACAAAAACCUUGUAUAAAUAUAAAUAAAACCUUGUAUCG